AUUCCAACUACACGUCCAACGGCCAUUUUACAAAGCAGACGUCGACAGAGUAUGUGACAGUCCCCUCACGAUAUUUAUCGGUGUUUCUCGAAAAUACUUCGUUCUGGUCGUAUAUAUUACGCUCGAAAUACUUUGUAACGUUUUUCCAUUCAGCUUGUGUGUAAUGAUGUCUCGCGACCGGUCACACAAUCGCGGAGGAUUCCAGCAUCGAGGCCGCGGAGGAGUCGGGAUGCGCGGCGGAAUGGGAAACAACAACUUUCGAAAUCAAAACCAGCAUCCUUAUCAAAACCGAGGGCCCCAGAUGGGUGGCGGGUUUAAGGCGAAUCCGGUGAACCAACCGAAUCUGGGGAAACAAUCGAAUCCGGGAAGCCAACCGAUCCUGGCAUCUACCCCACAGGAAUCCACUCUGAAUAAGCCUGUGAUCCAGUCACCGCCAGCGCAAGGCCCUGGUCUGGCCCAGCAGGGUAACAAUAAAGGCCCGUUGCCACCGCAGACGCCCAGCGUUACGCCUCCGAAGAUCCAGUCUCCACUGCCACAAAGUGCCACCACCGUUAAGAACCCGGGCCUCGGUUCCCCACCGAACCAGCCCAAAAAGUUUCAACCCAAAAGUGGAAUGGGAAACGAUCAGAAACAGCCUGUCCCUAUAAAGGAGCAGACACCGCAGCAAACCCCAGAGAACGUGGAAGGCUCUCAGGCGCAGGAAUUUAGGGCAACACUCUCAUUGCUGCGCAAACCUGGGGAGAAGACCUAUACUCAACGUUGCCGUCUGUUUAUUGGUAAUUUGCCUAACGACAUAACUGAAACAGAAUUCAGGAAAUUGUUUGCAAAGUAUGGGGAGCCCAGUGAGAUUUUCAUCAAUCAAAGCAAAGGUUUUGGCUUCAUUCGACUGGAAUCUCGUGCUUUGGCUGAGAUUGCGAAGGCUGAGCUGGAUGACAUUCCAAUGAAAGGCAGACCACUCAGAGUUCGCUUUGCCACUCACUCUGCUGCACUAUCUGUGCGCAAUCUCUCUCCCUAUGUUUCCAAUGAGCUUCUGGAAGAGGCCUUCUCCCAGUUUGGAGUAGUUGAAAGAGCUAUCGUGAUCGUAGAUGACCGCGGGCGCUCAACAGGGAAAGGCAUUGUUGAGUUUUCUUCCAAACCCGCUGCACGGAAGGCCAUUGAUCGUUGUAACGAUGGAGUGUUCCUUCUCACAUCGUCACCCCGACCAAUUAUUGUUGAAUUGUUAGAGCAGUACGAUAUUGAGGAUGGUUUGCCAGAGAAGCUUGCGCAGAAGAACCCCAAUUAUCAGAAGGAGCGAGAUCAGCCUCCACGGUUUGCCCGUCCUGGCACCUUUGAGUUUGAAUACUCCCAGCGGUGGAAGUCCCUUGAUGAGAUGGAGAAACAGCAGAGGCAGCAAGUGGAAAAGAACAUUUGUGAGGCCCGUGAGAAGCUAGAGUCAGAGAUGGACGAUGCCUAUCAUGAGCAUCAAGCGAACUUGCUCAGACAGGACCUUCUUAGACGUCAAGAGGAACUCCGGCGCAUGGAAGAGUUACAUAGUCAGGAGAUGCAGAAACGUAAAGAGAUGCAGCUCAGGCAAGAAGAGGAACGCCGUAGGAGAGAGGAGGAGAUGAUGCGCCAGAGGGAGAUGGAGGAACAGAUGAGGCGCAAGCGUGAGGAGUCCUACAGAAUGGGGGGCUUCAUGGAUAAUAGGGAAAGGGAGAUGAGAAUGAAUUCUGGUGGAGGCAUGGGUUUGGCAGAAAUGCCUUUUGGGUCACCUGGCCAGAAGUUCCCAUUGACAGGAAUGAAUUUCGAUUCACAUCAGGGAUUAGGAGGAUCACCAGCUGGGGGCAUGUCGACCAACGAAAUGCGCAAUGAGCGUUUCCAACAAGGUGGCUCAAGGGGCAUGGGUGCUGGAAACCCAGGAUUUGGCAGGGUCCGUGAAGAGUUUGAUGGACCUGCCAAGAAGCCACGCUUCUGAUCUGGCACUUUAAAAGCAGAGUUUGUAUGUGGAAUUCCAGAAGCUCGGUUCUGGAGUCAGAAUUGAUGUGUUAAGUUGAAACAAUUUCAAAUUUCUUGCAAUUUUAGCCUGAAGACUUAUCCCUUUAUUGGCGAUUUUUUUUUUUUUUUUUUUUUUUCUUCCCAUUUUUAUUUUGUAUUAGGUUUAAUAGUGAAACAGCUCACAAAGUCAGCACUGGCUUAGUGCUAGCAAUAUGUAAUUCCAUAUCCUAUUACUCCAUCUUGUCAUGUUACUUGUGUUAUACUGGUGAAUAUGUAAGUUGUUCUGAUCUUUCAAUGGCUGUGUUCUGUGCCAUUCAAAUUUGAAGUAAUACAUGUACAUUUUUCAAUAAAGAGUACAGUUGGUUCUCCCAAAUCCCAUUCAGGUGUUUUUGGCACAAUAUUUUAUUUUGCAAAGGGCAUUGGAGCUGGUACUUUUUUCUUAAACUUGAAGAUGCAACCCCUGUAUAUUUGAAAGAAAAGCUCAGCUUUAGGCCUGUUUUACACUGCACAUUCAAGCAGUGCUGCAGCAUAACUGCAACAGCAGGCAUGUAUAGAGCUUUCACACUGUUAGCGUUUCUGCUGCAUAAUAGAGCUGUGGCUCUACAAUGAAAAUAAAAUGAUUUCUGGUUUACUACGUUAAGUAUUGGCUUAAUGGCCGUAAUUAUAAAAUUGGCAUUGGUAAUAGGACAUUGAGAACUAUUAAGAACUUAAUUGUCAUGGGAAUAAAGAAUCACAUUUUCAUCCAAAUUGCAAUUGACUUGAAACUCAAACCCCAUAGUGCAUACAAUAAACUGCUUAAUAAUCUUUGAUUCAGUCAGACUUAAUGAAUAGAAAGUGUUUGUAAUGUGCAUCAGUUCUGAAAUAUUUUUUUUCUUCUCAAACAAUGGGUGAGUAGUUUGCUCUAUUUGCUGCUCUAUUUCUGUUACUCAUCACUGCUCUGCUUUCAUGCUGAGUUUUAAAUGCUGUAAUCUGGGACCAAAAUACACUACCCUUGCAUGUGGUGUGAAACCGUUCUUAUUAAAAUGGAAUGUUCUGACUGCUUUUUAAGAAAAAGGUGUUUUAAGGCACUCUUAUACCAGUUUUCAGUCAAAUUUAAAUUUAUGGCACUUCAUUUUAAUUUGUUUAUUUUAAAGGGUUAGUACAUAACUUUCAUUAGUAUUUCAAAAGGUUGUAUACCGGUACAAACUGAAUACCGCAAUACCAA